GUUUCUUUAAUAUUCGUUCAUUCGCUCAUUCUGUCUCAUUUUACGCUAAAAAAUCCUUUUGCCUCAUUUCCCCUAAAUUUACCAUUUUCUUCUAAGCAAGUUAUGUAGACCCAAGCUCGAACCAUCCCGCAAUAAAAUAGAUAAGGAUUUAAUGAAGCACAGUUUAAUGAAGUUAAACUUACCAAAAUAUAGUUAAGAGAAUUGUUAAAGGGGAGAGAAAAAUGAAAAUACAAGAAAUGACCGUGGGGAUAAGGAUUAAGUAAUGCCGAAAAUCAAGAACAAUGAAGGACAUGAGAAUUGAAGAUACAGCAUUAAUGGAGAAGUGGAAAGGUUGGAGGAGUGAAGAUGAAGGUGAAUAUCAGAGAAGGAAUUAUCAUGUUUGAAUUUACCAAAAAUCAGAAGAAGUUAAGUGUGGGCCCUCCGUUGAAUUACUUUCUAAAAACCAAAAACUUGACUUUGGUUGUAUCAAAUUUACAAAGAAGAGACAGAUUGAGAGAUUAAUUGUAGAAAGAUGACCGAAAAAGUCAAAGUAAACACAAAAACCUCCACAAUAUCUUGCGGCUUUUGAUAAUGGAUGAACCAUUUCUCCAUCAAAUUGACGAUACAAGCACACCAAGAUCAAGACUAAGAAGACAAAUUUUAUCAAGCUACCUAGACGGUAGAACCUUACACGACACAGGCACACCCCGAGCAGCAGCACGACAACAUUUUGCGACAGGCUACAUUGAUCGGGGCACACCAAGGGGCCAUUCUCCUCUUAGACCUUCCAACAAUGAUCCAAUUCUUCCCCAAAUUAAGAUCACCCGAGUAAAUUCGAUUGAUACCAGCAAACUACUGCACAAACAAUCAACUCUUAGGCUGCUCAGAGAUGAUAAUAUCAUAAUUCCACCCUCUCCUAUAAUUGCAACUCCUUUAGAUAAAGAUUUAAUCAUAAACUUCGACAGAUCCAGUUCAGCACCACCUCUUUUCACCGAGGAAAAAGGGCCCAUACAACUCGACUUCAUUGAUCAUAAACACCGUCCAAAGCUCGCUCCGAAGAUCCUCCAUCUAGCUCUUUUUGGGUUGUUGGUAUACAUCAUUAUUGGGGUUACUGUAUUCACAUUAACCCAUGACACAUUCAAAGGAAAAAGAACUGUUAAACUGGUUGAUGCCCUGUAUUUUACUGUUGUAACUUUGUCUACCAUUGGAUAUGGUGAUAUAAUCCCAGCUUCAAAUUUCACCAAAUUGUUCACUUGCAUAUUUAUUUUAGUGGGUUUUGGUUUUAUUGAUGUUUUAUUAAAUGGGUUAGUUACGUAUGUCCUAGAUAUGCAGGAGGAAAUCUUACUGGAUGAUGUCAAGUUUACUGCUUUCAUCAGAAACUAUGUUAUAAAUAAAGAGAAAGGAAGAAUGAGGAUAAGAACUAAGGUGUGUUUGGCUUUGGGGGUUGUUAUUGUUUGCCUUACAAUUGGGACUUUUACAGUUCAUUUCUUGGAAAAGUUGAGUUGGGUAGACAGUUUUUACCUGUCUGUAACUUCAGUUACUACAGUUGGGUAUGGAGAUCAUGCUUUUAAGACUGCAGCAGGAAGAUGUUUUGCUAUCGUGUGGUUAUUAACGAGCACAUUGGCUGUUGCUAAAGCCUUCUUGUACUUGACAGAGUAUAGACUUGAGAAGAGAAACCGUAGGAUAGCGAAAGAGGUACUUGAGAAGAAAUUGACUCUUGGAGAUUUGGUUGCAGCUGAUAUGGACCAUGAUGGAUGUAUCAGUAAAUCAGAGUAUGUAAUAUUCAAGCUUAAAGAGAUGGGAAAAGUAACAGAGAGCGACAUAGAAGAAAUUUGCAAGCAGUUUGAAGCAUUGGGUUACACCCACAGCAGAAAAAUAAGCAUCACUGGUCUCAUUGAAGAUGAUUCAGAAUCAGAAACAUGCUCUGAAUCUCAACAUCAUGACUACUCAAAUCAUAGCUGAUUCUGAACAAAAUUCUUCUAUAUGAGUUGUGUACUGUGUACACCGUGACCAUGUAUAUGUAUAUGUAUAUGUAUGUUUUUUAUUCAUGAGAGAAGAAGACAUUGUUUUCUGAAUCAGAUCAAACUCAUUUUUACCGUUUUGCA